AAAAUAUUUUUUGUUUGUUUUAGAAAUCAAGAUGGCACAUGAGAUACAUUUAAAGAAUAACAAAUACCGGCAGUGGGUUAAGGCUGGCCUAGGCUUGGGUUAUCUUAAAGAGGGACUUGCGCCAUUUUGUGAUGACAUUGGAAGACAGCAGCACAACGAUAUUAUUAACAAAAUACAACAAACAAAGACUCCUCAACCAAACAUACCAUGUGGCACCUGUCAGAUAACAACUCUCCAGCCAGAUCAUGUCCGAGUCUCAAAAGGGAUAUGUCCCCUCAAUCAAGAUAAAUGUAACUGUUGUUUUCCUAAUAAUAAGAGACCCUGUCCAAACAACGUAUGUGGUGCCAUCUAUGACAGCAUUAUACAGUAUCAUGCAUCAAUGCCACCGGCACCUUUUUGGAAAAACAGUGAUGUCCAACAGUGGUCGACAGACCCAUGGAACGUUUGCAAAUGUUUUAUAAAUGCUCCGGGGUACAAGGACAAGACAUCAGCAGUUGACACUGAUUGCACUGGGUUGCUUCAUGUUAUCAUAAAUAACAAGUACUUUCAUAGUCAUAUUGGAUGCAAUGUUACAGGACCAAACAAUCUUUUUUCAAAGGUACGGCAGUACCGAAACGAAAUUUUUCACUCGAGCAAUAUGGAGUUAGAGGAGAGCAAAGCUAAUUGUUAUAUUGAUGACAUGAUAGCUGUUCUACAAGAUGGUAAAGAACUUAUACAUCAACAAGAUGCACAACAAGCUGUCGGGAAACUCCAAGAUCUGAAGAAGAAGGAAUUCAUUAUUACAACUGAAGACUUUGAAGAAAUUCUGACACAAAUCAAAGAAGAAAUGAGAACAGAAAAUGCUGCAACUAAAGAGGAAUUAGAGGUGCUCAAAAGUAAAUUAACUGAACUUAAAGCACACAUGUCGGAAGCUGAGAAAGAACGUACAGAGUUGAAAAGAAAAUUUACUGCUCUUGAGACAGAGCAGAAAGAGCAGAUAAAAAGACUCAAGGUAGAAGAUUCUCCUCAACAAAAACAGUUAGAAUUUGAAAAGGCUAAAUCAGAAUGGCGGAAAAAGCUGAUAGAAGAGUAUCACAAAAUCCUGCUGCAAGUUCCUACAACACCUUUACAACCAAAACGUGAAAAAUGUAGCUUUAAUGAGAUUUAUAUUAGGCCCAAAAUAACCAGGGAAAUACAAGGAGAAAAGGGAGAGAUAACUGAGAAGGAGUUAACAUCAAUGUCAGAAAUCUUCACAAAGAACGGAAUUCUCCAAAAAUCUGUAUAUCUUGUAGGAGAUGCAGGUUCAGGAAAAACUAGUUUUUGUAAAUACCUGGUCAACUGUUGGUGUUUGGCACACAGUGAGGAACAUGAAGCUGACAAUGAAAACGAAAAUGGCAGAGGUAAACCUGAAGGUGACAGUGAAAAACAUGGAUGUGAUGGUGAAAAACAUGGAGCUGGUAAUGAAAAUGAAGGUGGCAGUAGUAAACCUGAAGGUGACAGUGAAAAACAUGGAGGUGAUGAUGAAAAAUAUGUCGGGGUCAAUGAAAAUGAAGAUGGCAGUAGUAAACCUGAAGAUGACAGUGGGAAACAUGGAAUUGACGAUGAAAAACAUGAAUCUGGAGGUGUCAAUGACAAUGAAGGUGGCACUGAGAAACAAGGAGGUGAUUUUGAAGAACAUGAAAAAAAGGGAAGUGACACUGUUAAUGAAGAGGUAAAGGGGACACAUAGUGGAGACAUUGAAAACGAAGAGGGCAGUAAGACACAUGGAGUUGUUAUUGAGAAACGAGGAGAUGAAAAACAUUUGGGUGGCAUUAAGAAAAAUGGAAGUGACAGUGAUGACAUUCAGGAUAACAGUGAUGGCUUAAUACACUCCAAAUCUCACAAUGAUGACUCUGAUGAUAUCUUAAAUGACUCCAAAUCCGACAAUGAUGACUCUGAUGGUGAGUCAAUGCAUUCCAAAUCUGACAGUGACGACACUGAUGAUAUCUUACGGGGCAGUAAGACACACGGAGGUGUUAAUGAGAAAGGAGGAGAUGAAAAACAAGUGGAUGGCAUAAAGAAAAAUGGAAGUGACAGUGAUGAUAUUCAGGGUAACAGUUUUGACUUAAUACAUACCGAAUCCCACAAUAAUGACUCUGAUUUCCAUAGUGACGACUCUGAUGGUGACUUAACAUAUUUUGAAUUUGACAAUGAUGACUCUGAUGAUGACUCAAUCCAUUCCAAAUCUGACAUUUAUGACUCUGAUGAUAUCUUAACAGGCUUUAAAUUUAAUAGUGAUGGAUCUGGUGAUAGUUUAAAUGACUACAUAGUCAAAGACAUAUUUGACUCCGAUGCUGACUUAACACACUCCGUAUCUGAUAGUGUCGACUCUGUUACUGACUUAACAGAAUUCUACAGUGAUGUCUCUGAAUAUGAUAGCAAAUAUUAUGAGCUGAAAUUCAAUGGUGUAAAAGAGAUGAAGGAAUAUGAUUUUGUAUUUUACAUCCCUCUUAGACAGUAUCAAAAAAUUGACACUAUAGAUGAAAUGCUUCAAAACCGUUAUCAAAUGAAAAUGUUAAACACACUUCUUGAAGAGGAAUCCUCUAGAGUUAUGAUUUUGCUUGAUGGCUUAGAUGAAUGGGCCAAUGAAAAUGUCCCAGAACAUAGUAUCUUUAAGGAGUACACAAUAGUAACUACUUCGCGGCCAUGGAAAUUUCAUACAUUAAGAUCAAGUGAUGUGGAGAUUGAACAGUCACUGAAACUAAAAGGGUUUGAUUUUAGAUGUGAAAGGGAAAUGAUAAACAGGACAGUUUCACAAUUAAAUGUAAAGAGACAUGCUAAUAAAGAAGCUGGAGAUUGUAGGAAAAAGCUAGAAGAAGAGUCUCUGGAAAGUUUAAAACAGGUACCAAUUAUGCUACAACAACUGAUAUGUCUAUGGUUUGAUGGUAAACUUGAUAAAACCUCAAGAUGUGCCAUCUACACAGGUAUGUUAGAAUUAUUCUUCACCUGGAAUGACAUGAAAACUACAAGAACAAGUACUAGACUCAUGAAGGGUACCCAGAAAGUAAACCUCCCUCAAUAUUUAGUAGAUAAAACCAAAUUAAAAUUAAACUGCCAUUUCAUUUAUGAAGUAUCACAGUUGGCUUAUGAGACACUAUUUAAUUGUCCGAAGGAUAAAUCCUUGACAUUUGACAUUUGUAUGUUUGAUGAACUAGAAAUAUCAGAUGAAGUAAGAGAAAAUUGCUUGAAACUUGGAAUAAUGACAGAAGAUGAAUGUCCAAGUUUAUCUGUAUCAGAACCACCAAGCUCAUUGUUCUCUUUUAUUCACAAAUCAAUGCAAGAAUUUCUAGCUGCAGUGAAUAUUUGUAUCAAUUUCAAUGCAAAAAUUGGUUCAUCAGAUAGUACAGGAAAUGUUGAGUUAGCCAAGAAGUUUUUUUAUGAGGUUUUUCAGAAUUGUUCAACAGUAAAUGACAUAUUAGAACAGUCAAAUGUUAUCAUUAUGCUAUCUGGUCUUGAACCUAGAUUAGCAACACAUGUUUCAAAAUAUAUAUAUGAUACUGUGUCAGAAGACUGCCGUGUUCAGGUAUACAGGAGAACAAUAAGAGGUUACAUGUAUAGGGAUCAUAGUUUUAUUACUGAUCUUCAAAAGCUUAUGUUUGACUCAAUGGAAGAAUUCAAUGCAUCAUGUAGUGUAGGAAGUAAUCCUGUAUUUUAUAUAGGAGAUUUGGUCCUUGAAAGAUGGGGUCAGUAUUGUGAUAGUGAUGAUUGUGAUAUUGUUUGUUCAAGAGAUGGCGAGGAGUUUAAUGACGAUAUGUUACAAGGAAAUGGCGGAGGGAAAAGAAAUGAUGCUAGACAAUAUGUUAAAGAUAAUGUUCAGUUAUUUCAUGUUAAACGUGAUGAUGAUUGUUGGUUGAACUUUUCAACAUAA